UAUAAAAACAUCAUAAUGACCAAUUAACUGUAAUUCCAAAAACAAAUAUGGGGAAAAAAAAUCCAAACAAAAAAGAAAAAGGGAAGAAAAUCAACACAAAAUAAAUGCGUGACUAUAUUAAGGAGGUUCCUCAGAAACGGCGAUUCUUCUUCGCCUUUUUGACUAUUCUCUCUCAACCGAAACUCCAUUUACUCUCUCUCUCUCUCUCUUGGGAAACAAUCGCUCUAUUUACUCCGGCAACUGUUACAGACCUCCAAACGAGAAAUGAACAGGCCAACCAUGUCGAGAACGCGAACGGUUAAGUUCACUGAGCACCGGAAAGUCUCCGCCUUUCCGACAAGACCCUUCUCCGGUUCCACCAAGGUUGUCCGAAUCACGGUGACCGACCCAUGCGCCACUGAUUCCUCCAGCGACGACGACGAUGGCGCCACGGCGGUUCCGCCGGCGAGAGUCAAGCGCUACGUCGACGAGAUCAGGUUCUACGACGGAGAUUCCUUCGCUGCCGCAACCAAACCCGGAAAGGCUGCGCGGCAAGCGAGGAAGAAGACCCAGAACGAUGAUGGGUCUUCGUCGUUGGCGAUGCCGAGGAAGUAUAGAGGCGUGAGGCAGAGGCCGUGGGGAAAGUUCGCGGCGGAGAUCCGUGAUCCGGCGAGCCGUACGAGGAUAUGGCUCCGGGCGGUCGCUGCUCUUGUCUAUGACCGAGCCGCCAUCAGCCUCAAGGGACCCAAAGCUCAGACCAAUAUCCUCACUCCUCCGCCGGAGACGCCGCCUCCGGUGGCGUCCUAUCCGCCGAGCAUCGACAUCGAGACGGUUUCUGGGUGCGAUUCGGGCAAAGAUUCCCAUCAGACACUCUGUUCUCCAACCUCUGUUCUCCGAUUCAACGUCAACGAGGAGACAGAGCUCAUGAUGGAGCUGAAGGCAGAGCCUGUCGAGCAGUUGUCCGAAUCAAAGCCCGAGACCGAGUUCAGACCGUGUCACCUGGCCGUCGCUGAAUCACCGGCGAGUCUGCUAUCGGAUCUGUGCUUCGCCGGUGAAUGUUUCUGGGAAUCCGACACUCCCCCUGAACCACACCCUGUUGAAAGAGAAAGGCGAUUCCGUAGAUUUCUCGCUUGA